UGUGGUGUGUUAUCAGACCAACCCAUCCUGAAGAAGUGAUGGAGGUGUGGAACAGUGGUGAAGAGGAGGGUCUGACUGAACUGGAGGGCUCCUCAGACACCAUGACAGCCCUGACCACCUCCAAUCACCACCUCCUCCACCACAGAGCUAUUAACGACUCCAACUACACCACCACCAACAACAUCACCUACUUCCCUUACUACCAACACUCCCUCCCUGUGGCUGCUAGCUUCAUCCUGGCCUACCUGUUCAUCUUCCUGCUGUGCAUGGUGGGUAAUGUACUGGUGUGUCUGAUCGUGCUGGGGAACCGUCGCAUGAGAACCGUCACCAACCUCUUCAUCCUCAACCUGGCAGUCAGCGAUCUGCUGGUGGGCAUCUUCUGCAUCCCCACAACGCUUGUGGACAACCUCAUCACAGACCAACCCAUCCUGAAGAAGUGA